AUGCAAUUUUCAAAUCUGUCAAAUCGCUUGAGUCGCUGGCAGUGGGCGGGCCUAGGCAGCUUGUUCGUAAUCGCAUUCAUCACACUCAUUCAAUACCCAACAGCAACGUCUCGCAGCGACCCGAUUUCAGUAUCGAAAAAUGCCGACAAAAUAUCGGGGCCUGUCUCUAAAUUCCAUCUGCUACUCCCAGCUAGUGGCUAUCAUUUUCGACUAUGUCGCGCCCUCGCCUCUGCGAUAGCUUUGGGAUACCCAGUUUCGGUGUUGAAUGGCUGGAUGAAAGAAGGCGACCUGGACGCGUCCAAGACACAUUUGGCCAAAGUUCGCACUGUCAUGCAAUACCUGGACAGUUUGCCUCCUUCUUCCGAUGAUGAUCUCGUUCUUAUGAUCGACGGCUACGACGUCGUGUUCCAAAUACCGCCCGACGUUCUCAUCGAGCGUUAUUUUGACAUUACCAAAGCUGCCAGUGCCAGACUUGCUUUGCGAGCUGGAGGCAACUCUACUGAAUCGCUCACAGGAGACGAGGCGCCUCGACAAACGAUCUUGUUUGGGCCCGAAAAGGUGUGCUACCCUGUUGAUUGGGGACGUGUUGGUUGUUGGGCAGUCCCGCAGGAUAUUGGAAUUCCUCGUGGAGCCUUUGGACCGGACGAUGGGCAACUACACCAUAACCUGCCUCGAUGGCUUAAUUCUGGCACCAUCAUGGGCCCAGCGAAAGACAUGCGACUGAUGUUUGCCGCCACGCUUGACCGAAUCGCCCAGCACUAUGACCCCAACCACGACUUCAGUGACUCUGACCAAAUGUACAUGAGCGAUGUCUGGGGUGUCCAAGAGUAUGCCCGCUCUAUGAAUGAACUGCGAGAGUAUUUCCAUGGCGAGGUCGACCUAAACGUCGCAUUCCCAACAUAUGACGUGGAAAAGGUCCUACCCAACGUGACCCCAGAUCAAAAAACUGAAUACCAUAUCGGCAUCGAUUACCGAUCGGGGCUCUUCCAAACGCGAGCCGGAUCCGACCAUAUUCUCGAAAUGCUCACAUACAACGAGACAACGGAAGUAAACGGGACCACGACCUUUGCGACCGUCAGUCAAAAUAUUCCCGAGACUCCCAACUUCACCCCCUACAAGAUAUACCUACCCUCCAACCUCGCGUCCUCGAUCGCUCGGAUUCUCCGAUUGGUUGAACCCGCCGUCGGCGCUAUACCGAACGUCACAGAGCUCCGUCUCGAAACAAACGUCGUGACUAAGAACGUCUACGGACUCUUCCAUUCUACCGGAGGAAAGGACUAUAUUGACAAACUGUGGACUCAAUUAUGGUUCUUCCCUUACGUCCGGCCUCUUUUCGAAGCGAUGGUUCCCGCUCUGCAGUCUGGGCGGGCCAUUGCGUUCGCAGAUGGCCGCACAUGGGUCCCCUCUCAUACGCUGUCUACGAAUUCUUCCGUUACCGAGGGCGUCAACGCUACUGGAGCUUGGGCAGACAUCGAUGGUGGAUGGCUGAGCUGGCACGAGCUUUGUGGGGCAUUUGAAGCGGAAGUGUUCGAUGGAUAUACACCACCAAUGGAUGACUGA